GACACUUCUGCCUGUGUGGAUAUUAUACCAUAUCCCCGGAAUAUAAUCACCCAGGACCUUACUGGCAUUUUGCACAUGCAGAAGACAAGCACUGUCCAACCUAAAUGACUCAUUGUCAGGAGAAGUGAAGACAUCUUUGAGUUCCUUCAGCAUGGAUUUCCUUGUGCUGGUGGCUGGAGUUAUUUCUCUGCACUUCUCAGGAUGCUCGGUGUCAGGACGAGAAGUAAAUACAUGUGGAGGACGUUUAAAUGCCAAAGUUGCUGGUUACAUCACCUCACCGGGUUAUCCCAAUGACUAUCCUUCUCACCAGAACUGCGUGUGGGUCGUCAGUGCACCAGAGCCUAACCAGAAGAUAGUGCUCAACUUCAAUCCUCAUUUUGAAAUAGAAAAACAUGAUUGCAAGUAUGACUUCAUUGAGAUCCGGGAUGGUGACAGUGAAUCAGCGGAGCUGCUAGGGAAACACUGUGGAAAUAUUGCCCCGUCUACAAUCACUUCAUCUGGCUCGCACAUCUACAUUCGCUUUAUCUCAGAUUAUGCUCGUCAGGGUGCUGGCUUUUCACUACGUUAUGAGAUCUUCAAGACAGGCUCUGAAGACUGCUCCAGGAAUUUCACCAACACUAAUGGCACCAUCGAGUCUCCUGGCUAUCCAGACAAAUACCCACACAACCUGGACUGUGUAUUUACUAUCCUGGCCAAGCCAAAGGUGGAGAUCAUCCUGCAGUUCUUGACCUUUGACCUGGAGCAUGACCCCCUGCAAGUUGCAGAAGGAGAUUGCAAAUAUGAUUGGCUAGACAUCUGGGAUGGCAUUCCAACUGUGGGGCCCUUGAUUGGCAGGUACUGUGGUACGAAGACCCCCUCCGAGAUCCGCUCUUCAACUGGCAUCCUCUCCCUCACCUUUCACACGGACAUGGCAGUGGCUAAAGAUGGGUUUUCUGCUCGCUAUUACCUUGCCCCUCAGGAGGUCCCUGAAAAUUUUCAGUGCAAUUAUCCCCUGGGAAUGGAAUCUAGACGGAUAUCCAAUGAGCAGAUCUCUGUUUCUUCUACCUAUGCGGAUGGCGGGUGGACUGCCCAACAAGCCAGACUGAAUAGCGAUGACAAUGCUUGGGCUCCCAAUCAUGAAACCACUAGGGAAUAUCUGCAGAUUGAUCUCCGCUUCUUGACUUUGCUGAAAGCGGUGGCAACCCAAGGCGCGGUAUCAAAACAUACUGGAGUUUCCUAUUAUGUCAAGUCAUACAAACUGGAAGUCAGUACCAAUGGUGAGGACUGGAUGAUGUUCCGGAAUGGCAAAAACCACAAGAUUUUCCCUGGAAACAAUGACACCUCAGAAGUGGUAUUGAACAAGUUCCCUCAGCCAGUGUUGACUCGAUUUGUCCGAUUCCGUCCUCAGACUUGGAACGUGGGGAUAGCAAUGAGGGUGGAACUUUAUGGCUGCCAGAUCACAGAUGGUCCAUGCUCCAACAUGCUGGGGAUGAUGUCUGGCCUUAUUUCAGACUCCCAGAUCACAGCAUCUUCCACCAGAGACUAUUUGUGGCCUCCUGGUGGGGCACGCUUGGUCAGCAGUCGAUCAGGCUGGUAUUCCCGUAUGACUACUGAGCAAGCAGGACAGGAGUGGCUGCAGGUUGAUCUUGGAACCCUUAAGACUGUGAAAGGAAUUAUUAUACAGGGUGCUCGAGGGGGAGAUACCAGCACUGAAAACAGGGCAUUUGUGCGGAAAUUUAAAGUGGCGUACAGUUUGAAUGGAAAUGACUGGGAGUAUAUUCAGGAUUCUAAAACAGAGCAGGCCAAGUUGUUUGAGGGAAACAUGCAUUAUGAUACUCCUGAAGUGCGCAGAUUUGAUCCCGUUGCUGCACAGUUUGUACGGGUUUAUCCAGAAAGGUGGUCUCCAGCUGGCAUGGGCAUGAGGAUGGAGAUACUCGGCUGCGAUAGAACAGAAAUGGCACCUACCUCAGAGACAGUGAAACCAACCAUAAAGAUUGAAGAGACAACCACACAAGUAGCUAUUGAAGAGGAGACCAUUGACUCCAUAGACGCUGAAGAUUGUGUGGUUCCACCGGGAUUCAAUUGUAAUUUUGACCAUUCGGAAGAUGUUUGCAGCUGGACACAUGAUAUUAAAGCUAACUUCACGUGGUCAUUUCAUCCCAAUAGCACCUGGAUGGGACAUUAUGGAUCCAUUCCUGCCAGCAGUAAAAACUACCUGAGAUUGCCCAGCAGUGGAAGAAGAGAGGGCCAACAUGCCCGUUUACUUAGCCCCAGAAUGCAUCAGCCCAACUGUGCCUUUUGCUUGGCCUUCCGUUAUAGAGCAUCAGGAACUAGUGGUGCCACAUUGCGAGUGCUCAGGAAUUCCAGCCAGGAGAACAGUUUGCUGUGGAAAAUAAGGGAAGAACCGGGAAGUGAAUGGAAAGAUGGCCGAAUCCUCCUAACAAGCUAUGAUGGGGAAUACCAGGUUGUCAUCGAAGGAAUUGUUGGUAAAGGCCAAUCAGGAGAGAUUGCAGUGGAUGACAUUCGGAUAACUAAUGAUAUCCCCCUGGAAAACUGCAUGGAACCAAUCUCUGCUUUCCCCAAACCGACUGUAUAUCCAGUGGAUGUUCCAUUUAUAAGACACAAUUAUGACCCGCAGGAACGUAACUUUGGAGGGAAACUAAGUGACUAUGAAUCCUACACAACAUUUCCCACUAGUAAUGUGGUAACUCCAAGAUCUGACAAAGAAGAAAGUUGGCUUUAUACUUUGGAUCCAAUUUUGGUAACCAUUAUUGCCAUGAGUUCUCUUGGAGUCCUUCUUGGGGCUAUUUGUGCUGGUUUGCUACUCUACUGCACUUGUUCCUAUACUGGCCUUUCUUCUCGUAGCUCUACAACUUUGGAGAACUACAAUUUUGAGCUUUAUGAUGGAAUAAAACAUAAGGUGAAAAUGAAUCCACAGAAAUGUUGCUCUGAAGCAUGACGGAAUUCUCCAACUUAGUGAUUUUGAACACGUGGCGAUUCUCAUUUAGAAGUCUCCUAGCCAUCAUAUGUGGUGGCAGUAAAUUAGCUGUUUCAGCUACUUUUCUUCAUACGGACACUGAAAUAGUUUGAGAAGAAAGGACUUUAUACCAAUGUCUCCCAAAACUCCAAUGCCUCCCAGUUUUACAGACCUGAUGUAUAAUUUUUAGACUAUCGUACAUAUGGCAUAUUUCUCCACGGAGGAGAGAUGUGGAUUAAAAUCUCGUAUCAGUGCUGUUACCACUUGGACUUUUGGGAACAACAGCACUUUUAGUAGGACGAGAUCAACUUCCCCCUGCCCCAAGUAAGGAGUUGCACGACAGCAUCUAGACAUGAGUAGAAGAGCCUUAAGAUUACUUGUGAUUCAGAGCCAUUUUCUACAGCCAGGUCUCUAAAGGAAAUGUGACCGUCUUCUGCAUACGGUCUAUAAAAAAAAAAAUUUCUCCCCCAAAUGCCUAGAACAAAGGACACAUUUUUAAAGGGUUUUAUAUUCAGAGCUGGCUUUGAUUGUACCUUUUAUGUAUUGUAUGUUUGGGUGGGUAGGGUUGAUUACAAUUCAUGUAUUGUUUUCUGGUGAAGCUUAUUCAAGUUACAGUUGACCCCCAAAAUUGCAUUUGCUAUCAUUGUGCUGUAGACAGAUUUAUUAAAGUGAACCUUCCUCCACCAAAUAGUAGAGAAAGCCAUUUAAUGAGAUACUCAAUUAUUUAAACCCUGGCUUGGUGAUACCAGUGCAUUUCUAUGUGGCAUUCUUGUGAGCACUGGUUCAUAUCCAAAUGGCUGCCUUUUCUAUAUGAAUGUGAGAGAAGCACUUAAAGUAUCUAGUCUUUUGCUUUUCAGGUAACGAGAAUGGACACUCUGAUAAGAUCAAUGUCUCCUGCAUAUUUACACUGCACACUGAACAUUGUUAUUUCAGUUCCCUUGCUGAAGAUGUACUAGUGCAAUUCCAGAAAACAUAGUUAUGAGUGAGAGACCCAAAUGGGGGAUUCACUGUCCUCUUAGAUUUUAGUACAAUGGUAAGGUGAAUAGACAAGUCAUUCUACUGGCAUAACUCAAGACAGCAGUAAAAAAAAGUAUUAACUUUGGGUUAGUAUACUUCCAUCACGUACAUAUUAUGUAGUACUUCCUCAUCAGAUGUUCUCCAUACUUCUGUAUGGACACAUAUCAUAUCCUUUAAUAGGUGCUGCUCUUUGUGUUAUAAAAAGAGCAGCAUUUUUAGAGCACAUACUAAGUUAGGGUGGAAUCUGGAAGUAUGAACAGCCUUAAAACAUGCAUAACCAGCUGGGUAGCAAAGCAUGCUGGGAGUAAACUAAGAGCUACUUCUUAUCUGUACUUGCCUUAACUAUAUGUAGCAUAACUCAUUGGCAAUGUGUUUACAUGUAGUGGUCAUGUAGCAUUAGUUCAUAUGAAAGUAAGUGGCAUUCCUUUAUUAAGGUGAUACCCAGCUCACAGGACACACAUUCAUGCAGUUCAAUGUUGGAGCAUUUCAUCAAACCUAAUAUCAAAUCCAAAUAAGUAGGAGAAAUGUGUAGGUUUCCAUCAUGCUUCUCUUUGUUCUUUAGGAUCCAGUCACAGUUUUUGGAUUAGUUAGAACACAACCUCAUCUAAUAAAAUAUUUUGAUCCAACAUAGUAAAAAUAUGUUAUGCUGUGACCCACGCAGGGGUCUUUCACGAGCAGUGCUGAUUUUGGAUCUGUUGCUGUGUAAGAGCUUAUUCACAGGAACGUGCCGUAUUUUGCGGUCCAAAACACAGAUGCCGCCCGUGUGCCUUCCAUAAUUUGCGGAACGGACGGCCCUUUAUAGAAAUGCCUAUUCUUGUCCGCAAAA